AUGACCUACCAGUAUAAGACACCGUUUACCUUGACAGUCGAAAGGGAGGAUGGCGAUGUUCGCAAGAAGCACGGCACCAGCACCAACGCUUGGCGCGGACCCCUCUUUCACAUUUGGCCCAUUAACACGCCAGCGGGGUUCUCGGGCGUCUCUUGCCUCAUGGUAAUCAUCAGACACUUCAACUCUUGGUUGUUAAAGGAUGAGGUGGCCUACAACGACCCGCUCCGACAAAAAGAGGAAGAAGACAACCCGCUACUGCAGCUGUCAUGGGAGACUGCGCCCCUCUGCUACCCCAGCGACUUCGAGGACCUGAGGACCAAUCUCAUCAAACACAAGAUCAUAUCCAGAGAGACUGCCGAACGCGACCUCUCAUUCGCCUACCUGGAGCAGUGCGACAAGCUCGCCGAAACCAUAUGGGCUCGUGGGCAAUUCAACCUCUUUGUCAAGAUGACGAAAGGGAAGGAGGAGGACCCAUGGCAAGAGGUGAUGUUGAACUCCAAAGAGCACGUCAUCGUCAUCGACAACGAAGCGCAGGGGAUGACCGGAUUCGACGUUCCGGCCGCAAUCAGAAGGCCUUGUGGACCUACCGACGACGGCACCAUAAGCUUCAUCUUUACCUACGCCCCGCCGAUUAUCAGAGUCAGAUUCACGCCGUCUGCGAACGACAAGUUCAACCUGAUGGAUUUUCUGACUUUCAAGAUGGUCCUGCCGUAUGGUCGGCAUCAUCCACUUAAGGGACCAUAUCGGUACGUGUUGGCUAUGGCUGUCAGGCAACGGGCCGAAGGCAAGGAUGGAAUAGAUCGCAUCAGAUCUUUCCACGAAACCGGUUCAGACAAUUUCCCAUCGGAUGAGGAGACCUACAGCGAGUCAGACUGGGAGAUCGGCGAGCCUGGUUACACGUAUGCUCUUUACUACCACGAGACCAAAGCCAACUGGUUUCCAUUGAGCCUGGAAGAGAGAGCCAGCGUGCGGAAACUCCGUGAAGACCGCAAGGCUACUAGACCUGCGUACGAGAGAGGACUUGCCGCACCACAGGCAUACCUGCAUGGUUGUCUUGGUGACGACACGAAGAGAGACCGGUCUCUAAGUACAGAGGAAAGCGAGCGCCCAGCGAAAAGCGCCCGCAAGUCGAUAGAGCAGCCUUCUCAGGUUCCUGGCAUGGGUAUGGCUGCGGUCUCUUGCAACUCUUCGGCUGCAAAGAAUGAAUCUGGUAUCAAGAACGAGCCAAGCUCGAGUGAUACCGAUUAG